AUGGCUCCAUAUAAUAGCCUUGCUAGCUGUGUAGAGUCAUUGAGUGCUUCAGUCAAUCUUUUAGAUGAAUCCUUUAAAACUCUUGACGAGGCAGCUCAUGAUCUUUCAAGAUUACAAAAAGUUCUUUCAAUUUCAAAAGUAUUUGGAUUAGUUCCUGAGCUGGAUCUCGAGAAUGCCAAACAAAAUGUUAGAAAAGAAGUUGAACCACAAAUAAGCAAUAUUAUAACCAAAGUACAAAAUGAAGUUAGUAAAUUGGAAAGGAAGAAAAUGAAUUUAGUGAGUAAAGUUGAUUUACAACAAGUCAGAUUAGAAACGUUCCAAGGAAGUUCGAGAGAUUCCAUAGGAAGAGGGGUGACCUUCAGAGGGAGAGUAGUUAAAGGUAGUGGAGAUGAACUGAAGGUUGCACGGUUGAAAUUAUUACAAAACAAAAAGGAAAGGCUUAAAUAUAGUCUUUCAAGACUAAAUUUACAACAAAGAUUAAGUAUGAUUCCUUCAUUACCUCCGCAAUAA